AUGUCCCCGUCCAGCCCAGGACUGCCACAACAACACCACCCUUUUGCCACUAGCCCUGCAAGCACCGGCAGAGGUUUCAAACGCUCGGCCUCGACCGACGACGAGCAGGACAAUGGCGACGGUGACACGCGACCAUCGUCAGCGAGGCGGAACACGGCCGUCAAGCGCGCAUGCAAUGAGUGUCGACAACAGAAACUCAAGUGCAAUGUCCAGCAAGACCCAUUCGUAAGUUGCCAGCGAUGCCAGAAACAGAACCUACGAUGCGUCAUCGAGCCCAAUUUCAAGCGCGUUGGCAAACGCAAUCGCAACGCCGAGAUGGAGAAGGAGAUGGAAAACCUGCGACAGAGACUUGCGCUCUACGAAGGACAGCCGCAUCCGCCCACGCUGAACACACCGCAAGCAUCAGCAGAAAACCGCCACUUUUCUGUGGGGUCGGUGCCCAAGAUGGAGGACGACGCAUACCUCCAGACACAACACCAGCAGGUGGCAGCAACAUCGCUUCUGGACCUGCGCAGCGGAUCGCCCAUGUUCUACACUCUAGGAACGGGCGAAGUGCGCCUAGGCGCAGCGGAGGUCAAUGAACUGUUCACAGAGUACUUCCAGCUGUAUCACCCGUUCCUGCCAUUUCUGGAUCAAGUGCGCACACCUGAGGAAUACCUUUGCCAGGACCACAAGCUUCUGUUUUGGGCCAUCAUCACUGUUGCGGCACGGCGUUACGGCGCUCGUCCAUCGCUGUUGAAAGAUCUUGCGCAGCCCUUGACCGACCUGAUAUGGGAAUCCAUCAGAAAAACACCAAAUCACCACGUCGUGAAAGCCCUUUGUCUUCUGUGCACGUGGCCACUUCCAGCAGAGCGGACUGUCACAGAUCCGACCUUCAUCCUGUGCGGCUCGAUGCAGCAGGUUGCCAUGCAAAUAGGCUUACACAGACCUGCGCACCCUCAGGACUUCUCGCGCACAAAAGUACGACUGCGACAGGAGGACAUUGACGAUCGACUACGGACAUGGGCGGUCUGCAAUAUUGUGGCCCAGACUGUCUCCACAGGCAACGGACAACCAUCAAUUACCAUGUACGACUCGACGUUGGAGUUCAAAGUGGACGACGAGAAUCACAUGCGAAUCAUACCACCAACCUUGUUCGUACGCUUGCGCCAGGAAAUGGCGGCUAGUCGAAUCAAUAAGCUGCUCUACUCAGCGAACACACAUCGGUUUUCUGACGAUGCUGGCAUCACUUACAUGAAUUUAGAAGCGGCCCGUCUGAAAGAAGAGCGCGAAUCGGUUGAUGGAGUAGACAACGAUCUAGAAGACCUUUAUCAUUGCGCAGUGUCGUUACAUCUUCACCUCUACUCCUUCUUCAGUCCUGAAACCCGGCUAGAACGACGCGAAGAUCUGGUGUCGUUGUACUUUGCAGCUACAACCUAUUUGGACCGUGUCUUCAAGGUACAGCGUGAAAAUAAGCUGCCAUAUGUCCCCUACUAUGUCAUGCAGAUGGCUUUGGCCGCUGGAUUUGCUUUGCUUAAAUUGCUCAACUCCGACUUUGCUUGCAAAUUGCCUGCUGAGCGCAGUCGACAGUUUGUGCCGCAGACUGUAGAUGCUUUGAGGAAGUCCAAGGUCUGGUCCAACGAUCUUCUGGAUCGUUUUGCCGAAGUGCUGGCACAGCUGUGGAAGGCGAGCUCUCCCGGCCGCAGUCUUCACAGCAUGUCGCAAUCACCAUCGGUCAGCAAUUCAGGUUUCACAAACAUGUUCAACCACCACAGCCAGCAACAGAACCAUCCAGGCCACCGAAGAAACAGCUCAGGCAUGCGCGAAGACUCACUUGGCCUCAUUGUCCGCAGUCGAAUGAGCAUGAGCGUCAUGUUUGACUGUGUGUGGCGCUGGCGAGAAGCGCACAUCAGCGGUGCUGCAGAACAGCUCGAUAACACCGUCAUGACCAACCCCACCAAUCCUGAUUCGUCCUCCAGCUCAACUCCUCCGCCCAGCAUUUUAGAGAAUCCGGCGCAUACUCUCCCGAACUUCAACCCACAUCUCAACACGCUGAGCAUGCCACUUGCGCUUCCGAAUGGUAUGGGCAGUGCAAACAGCUACGAGUUCUUUGAUUCCGUGUCCUGGAUGCUGGAGACGCAGACGGAUUGGAAUCAGUAUGGGACUGGGGAGUUUGGCAAUGACUUUAGUGCCUAG